UUUCAGGAGCAGGAGGGGCUUGGAUUCGCGAGUGUGCGACUGGAUAUAUAGAUGGGACUAUAUACCUGGAGACAGGCUGCUCACAGAGACCCCGCCCGCUCUCAGCCCACUGCCUGGCAACAUAGCUUGCCAAGAUGUCGCCCAUUCCUGACCUUGCUACCAUUUCUGACAUUGACGGACACGCUUUUGAUUUUGUUAUUAUCGGCGGUGGUACCUCGGGAUGCGUCUUGGCCAACCGGCUUUCUGAAGACCCUCAUGUCUCAGUUGCAGUGCUCGAGGCAGGCAGGUCGCGCUUGGAUGACCCGGUCGUCUUGAGUCCCGUGGGAUACCUCAAGGAAUUCAUGAACCCCGAGUAUGACUGGCUAUUUCCUGUUGCGCCGCAACCAAACGCGUCGACCGCGCACAUGAUCCCUUGGAACCGGGGAAAAAUGCUUGGCGGAUGCUCUUCGAUCAAUGUCAUGGCAUACACCAAGCCCGCUCGCGAGGAGCUCAAUGCCCUUGAGACUCUUGGAAAUCCCGGGUGGAACUGGUCUUCGUACCAGAAGUACGCGAACAAGGCCGAAAAAUUCUGCACCCCCGCGCCGGCGAUUAUGGAUGAAGAUUUUCGCAACUUGUACAACCCUGAUUCCGUCGGACAUGAUGGAAAUCUGACACUAUCCUUCGUUCCAACUGGGUCCAAUGCGGACUCUGCAUUUCAGAAGAGUCUGGCUAAGAAUGGAUUGAACAUACGGUCCGAUGUGCUCGGUGGAGAGAUUACCGGUAUUGCGAAGGCGCUAUCAGCUUUUGAUUCUGAGACGGGGUACCGAGUCAGUGCUGCGACGGCGUACCUGCUUCCAGCUCUCGACAGAGCAAACCUCAAGAUCCUCACAGAAGCUUAUGUCUGCCGGAUCGUCACAGAAAUGGAAGCCGGCGGCGUCGUCGCUCGUGCGGUCGAGUUCGAGCAUGGCGGCAAGCAGUACACCGUCUCAGCGGCGCGCGAAGUCAUCGUCUCUGCUGGGACUGUCAAGACUCCACAGAUCCUCGAGCUCAGUGGAAUUGGCGACUCGAAUGUUCUCGAGCCGCUGGGGAUCAAGACGGUCCUCGAUUUGCCCUCUGUCGGCACGAAUGUGCAGGAACACGUCAUUGUCGCUAGUCUGAACUAUCGGAUGCAAGACGACAAGAACAUCAUUACCAACCACGUCCUCGCUGACAAAGAGCACAUGGCCGAGGUGCAUAAGCGUCUCGAUCUGAAGACGGAGUACGCGCUAGUUACCAACAACCUCGCCUUUGUCCCUCUUCGCGUCGCGUCAGACAGUGCGGAAAAGCUGGUCGCGAAGAAGAGAGCAGAGCUCGCUCAGAACGGACCAUCGCUGGCUCCCGGCCUGCGCAAGCAGUACGAGGUACAGCUACAGCUGAUGGAGAGCGGGUGCAACGCGGACAUCGAGAUCAUGUCGUCUGCGGUGGUCCUGACGCCGAUGGCGGAGCCAUCGAAGCCGCACAUGGCGCUCAUCGCCGAGUUGACGCACCCCUGGUCGCGCGGCACCGUCCACAUCGCCUCUGCGGACCCGAAGGCGAACCCAUACAUCGACCCGCGCUAUUUCGCGGACGCGUUCGACCUCGACGUCCUCGCCGAGGGCUUCAAGUUCGCGCUCAAGGUCGGCGAGACGGAGCCGUUCCACGGGUUGACGAAGACGCGUGUGAGCCCGCCUCCCGAGGUGGACCUGUCCACGGACGACAGUAUCAAAGAACACGUGCGCGCGAACAUCUUUGGCAUCUGGCAUGCCUGCGGCACUGCAUCCAUGCUGCCCAAGGAACUCGCCGGCGUCGUGGACCCGCAGCUGAUGGUGUACGGCACCAAAAAUAUCCGCGUCGUGGACCUGUCAGUUCUGCCGCUGCAGAUAUCUGUCCACACCCAAGCGUUUGUGUAUGCUUUGGCUGAGCGAGCUGCCGAUAUCAUCAAAGGAGUUCCGAUGUAAGCUAUACUUCGAGUCUGUCGCUUCCGCUUAGUCCUCGUUGCUCGCCCUACUUUCCGAACCAUCCAGACUGUUGGCGUGAAACCUUGUGUUAGGCUCUAUGAACUAGUCCGGAUGUACAAAUACGGGAUAUCCAGUGUAAUACUAUACUAAAC